AUGGAAGACGACGAGCUGCAAGCCAUUCGUCGAGCAAGGAUGCAACAGCUCCAGCAGCAGGGUGGCGGCGGUGGAGGAGCAGGCUCUCAAGGGCCCUCUUCCUCGUUCCUCUCUCAGCUGGGCGGUAAGCAAGGCGGCGGAGCAAGGAGAGGUGCGGGUGAUGAUGACGACGACGGCGGCGAAGGUAGUCAAGACCAGGGGCAACGCAUGGCUCAGAUGGAGGAGCAGAAGAGGCAGAUGCUCAGCACCAUUCUCGAUUCAGAUGCGAGAGAGAGGCUAUCACGCAUCUCCCUCGUCAAGCCACAGAAGGCGCAGGGUAUCACCAACCUCAUCAUUCAGAUGGCUCAGUCUGGCCAAAUCAGGCAGAGGAUCAAUGAGGCUCAGCUUGUGGACCUCCUCGAGCAGGUCGAGCGCGGAGAUGGCAGUGGGGGAGCUGGUCCCAAGAUCACAGUGAGUUUGGCCAGACGCCAGAGGGACGCAUCUCAGCAGCUGAUUACCUCUUUCUUCGCUCACACGUACAAUAGUACAAUCGCAAAAAGGCAGGCCUCGACGAUGAUGACGAUGACUUUGAUCUGUGACAGGUUGGCCUAACAAGGAAG